AUGCACAACAACCAGACCAGCGACUCCGAUGACUGCCCCUCUGCAUCCUGCACCUCACAGUCCCAGCGCGACAGGGACAAGGAAAAGAUUUUCUAUGGGCUGCAGCCAUCGACGUCGGAGGGCGAGCAGCAGCGGCAGGAGCAGACGAUCAAGUUCGGGAGGAUGCGACUGCGGGCAAACGAUCUUGUCCAGCUGGGGAAAUUUGACAAGGCCCUUGACCUCUACGAUCGAUGCCUCGCGUUCGACAUGUACGACGUGGCCGCUCUCAGCAACCGGGCGUUCGUCCACCUUCAGCUGGGCAUGUUUGACAAGGCUGAGGAGGACUGCGACCGGGCCCUCCAGCUGAAACCGGGGAGAGCGAAGCUACUGUACAGGAGAGGCAUAGCAAGAUGGAAGAGGGGAAGGAUCUUCGGGGGGAUGAGUGACUGCCGAGCUGCUCUCGAGCUGCUCCCUGCAUCAGUGGAGGUGAGAGAGGCUCUGCGGGGGAUGCUGGGGGACGCGAAGAAGUUUGUCGGCGAUGAAAACAUCUCCCACGUGCUUGCGCAGCACAACAUCUUCCUGGGUGAAGUUGACAUGCCUGAGAUCAGCAACAACGUGACGUCAGCAGACUUUGAGGAUACAAGACAGGCGCUGGGGGCUGCCGAGCAAGGGUUCCUCGCUGACAUCGGGUUGAUCGGCCCCUGCCAAACCAAGCAGAUUUUCCACCAAACGCCCUUCGACCCCGAAAGUUUGAUCCUACGAGACGCGCUGCUGGGACAGACGAGAGAGGAGGAGGAGGAAGCGAGAGAAAAGGAGAAGAAGGAAGGAGAGGAAAUGAAGCAGAUCGUCGAGCUCAUCAAUGAGGUCAAAACACGCAUGACCGACACCAACGAGACAGGUCCCUCUGCGCGCAAGGUUCCUGCGCUCCCCGACUCAGAUUUCGUCGGGCACGUUUGUGUCCGAGAGCUGAAGCGAGAGGCGAGGAGGCAGGAAGGAGGAGCAGGCGAUCCCAGGCAAGACUUGCGCUUCUCCUUAUCGACAGAGUCGUCGAGGUUCCUCAAAGACUUGUGCAAGCAAUUCAACCUUCACGUGUCAGGGAACAAGACCGUCCUCCUCGACAGGUUGAUGGCGGGAGGUGAGGAUCGCAUUGCUAAGAUCAGGCGAGUCCUCGAAGGACGGCAGAAAGAGCUGCUCGACAGGCUUGACCAGGACGACUCUGAUCCUCCCUCCCAGUCUCCCUCUCGUGGCUCCUCUUCUCGAGAGCCCUCGAGCUUCCAACGGAUAGUGCAGGAGCACGACACCCCGUGGACAGUGAUGAACAAGGAGGACUUGAUGGAGAUGUACGACGAUCCCUACCAUGGGCCGCCACUAGUUGAAGAACAUGCACCAGUGAGCAAGCGCAACGGCAAGACAUGGAGAAAGGAGAAGGAAAUAGGAGGAGCUCAGAACAGUAUUCCUCUGAUCCCCGAGUCUGAGUUUGUGCGUGUGCUCGGUCCAGAGAAGCAUCAGCAGCUGCAAUCCAUCAACCGCGUCGAACGUCUACCAUGCAAAUGUUCGGACAGAUCGUGA